AUGGCAGUAAACGUUACCCAGUGGAACUGCCGAGGUUUGCGGUUACGUGCCGCAGAACUCAAAGCCACGCAUCACAACAAACCACAGGAACGCCCAGACGCCUACCUACUGCAAGAAGUCUACUGUACCACCGUCAAGCUGACCGGCUAUAAGUCCUACGCAAAUCCCUCGAUACCGUCCGUUAGGGCGGGCCAGUUCGGAGGCCGGGAAGGACAAGCCAUGGUCUAUAUCAAGAAACACUGGCCGCAGCACAAGAUCGACCUUCAACAAUGGUGCACGGAACAUCAGGAAGUGGUAGCCGUCCGAACCACCCAGCAAGACAUUCCUGUCAUUCUGGUGUCCGUGUAUUACCGACCUGGGGCUUCCGUCAGGGAACCCAGGGACCACGGAUGGAUUGCUCACCUUGACGGCCUUUACCCAAAAGAGCAGAAGAUAGUCGGGGGAGACUUCAACCUCCAACACACAGCGUGGGGCUACGCCAAGGACACCUCGGCAGGCCAAAAUCUUUUGAAUGAAAUGACCCACCACCGCUACACCCUGAUGAACACCGCAGGGAUGAAGACACGGCUGAGCUGCAACGCUCGGCAGAAUCACACCACCCCAGAUACCACCUGGACAAACAGCCCACACACGGCCAACCACACUUGGAAGCCGGAGGCCGACACUCGCGGGAGCGAUCAUCUGCCCAUCAGGAUAGUCCUGGCCCUCAACGGAUCGGCGGCCUCCAAGCCCGGGAAACGGCUCGUACAUGUCGUGAACUGGGACCUGUACCGGAGCAAACUCCAAAGCAGCACAGCACCAACGGUCUUCGAGUCCAUCAAGGAGGCCCUCCUGGCCGCGACCACGAAGAAACAAAUAAAGCUCGACACUCCCAUCCCGGACCUUCACCUGUUGAAUCUCUGGGCUCGGCGGCUGAGGGCUCUACAACGCUACAGAAGAGGCCCGAAAAACGCGAGAGCCUUGAGGGAGGUGACAAGAGCCACGGUAGCUGCCCGUAAAUAUGCGGUUCAACUCGAUCGGCAAAAGUGGCUGGAGUUCAGUGCCUCGCUCUCGGAAAAAACAUCUGCUCAAAAACUAUGGGCAGUCAGCAGAGCCAUGCUGGGCAAAACAAGGGAUCGCACAGCGACCCUCACGCUCGCACUCACGACAAAGAAGACGGUUGAAACGCUGGCGCUAGAGGCUGGAGACACGCUCUUCCCCCAGCCAGCGGCGACCAGCACCCCACCAGCUGUGGGGGACCCAUACGAAAGGCGCAUCCUUCAACGGGGGAUCGACGUCUUGACAAGUCACCUCCAAAGCGUAGGCUUAACCGCCUCGCCGGAUAAGACAACCUACGCAGUCAUAGCCCCCAGGCGGGAAAGGGACGCGAACAUCAGCUCAACUCUUCACUUGACUCUCGCGGGCCAACCGAUCAGAUCAGCACCUGAGGUACGCAUCCUAGGACUACAAUUCCACGAGGAUGGCACCGCAAAGGCUUGGCUAACAAUGGUCACCCAACAGUGCCAGGCAGCACUAAACGUCAUUAGAAGGAUCAGCGGCACCAGAGGAGGCGCUGACGAGGAAGUUGCCCGCCGCAUGGUGAAAACCCUCAUCGUCUCCCGCAUCUGCUACGGUGCCCCCCACUACCGACUUACCAACACACAAUGGAAGAAACUGGAAAUCCUUACCAACAACGCAGCUCGAAUUGUCACUGGCCUCCCCCGAUAUACACCGCUAGACAAGCUCAAGGCACACGCGAAGCUCAACACGGCUCGAGAAACCGUAGAGGAGAGAGCACGAGCUCAUCUAGAGCGACUCCAACACUCAGCCUCCGGACGACAAAUCCUAGAGAUGAUCGGAUCAGAUAUCAGAGCCCUUCCCCCUCUCCCGGAGGUUGACCCCCCAUGGAGCGACGAUGUGUGCCUCGUGGACGAUCGACCAGUACCAAGGGGAGCCGGGCCCAGUCGCCCUGGCAAGCAAGCUUGCCAAGUGCGACAGCACUGCAAACUCGUCCAAGAGUGGACGGACACCAAUGAGAAGCUCGCAGUAUACACUGAUGCGGCUUUCGUCUCCUUCCCUAAACCGAUUUGCUCCGCUGCGGUUGUGAUUCCCCGCCUAGGAAUCACCAUGGCCGAAACAUUGCCCGGCGGCACAUCGGUCAAGGGCGGAGAACUUGGAGCUAUCCAACUGGCACUGCGCACCGUCAUCGAGAAGGAAAUCCGACCGACACACCUACAGAUUUUCACUGACUCUGCGGCUGCAUUAAUAGAAUGUCGCUCUCGCCACUCCCCGAACAAGCGAGUUAAGGCAAUCCGAAGGAUGGCCUCCGACCUAAUUACAGCCGGUACAACCAUCAAAGUGUCCUGGAUACCUGCCCACGCAGACAUUCAGGGCAACGUACAAGCUCACUGCAUGGCCCGCGCGCAUCUGGAUUCCCCCCGCGAGCCGAGUAGUGUGCCAAGUCACCUACAAGAACACGGGUACUCGCUCCCGCCUGAGCUUGGCGACGAUGGCGAAGACCCAGACUACGACCCUGAGGAGGCAAAACAGCUCGUUAAAGAAUCCUCAAGACAGACCCUGAGGGCAGCCCUGACCCCCUGCGUAAAUCCGCUCCCGAGCGGAAUGGGCAGGGGAUCAACGGUGCUGCUCCGGAGGAUAAUCACAAACACCACAUGCACACCGGCACGCAGGACGCAUUGGACCAAGCCACCUACAUCACCCCAUUGCAGCUUCUGUCAAGACCCCAGCCUUCUUGCCGACCAAAGCCACUUACUCUGGGACUGUCCGGAGCUGGAAGAGAUUCGCCGAAAACACAUACCACCAGACGUAUCCAGCAUGGAGGAAUGGGUCCAUCCUCAGGGCCCUCCCGACAACCCACAUCAUCGCAAGGAUACGACCCUUCUGUACUGGCAUUAG